AUGUCAUCGGCUCAGCACUCCGACGCCACUUGGACGCCAGGCGAUUUUGAACAUCCCAAUCCGGCACUGCGGCGGUCGGUGACCAUCACGCUAUGUUUCGCCUUCAUCCUGUCGACUCUCGCCGUGGUCCUUCGGAUCGUGGCGAGGAAGAUGACCGGCAGUAGACUGCUGUUGGAUGACUAUUUGAUCUUGGUCGCUCUGUUCUUCAAGUACUCCUGCUCCAGCGGAGUGGCUAUCCUUAUGUUCAAUGGCUUGGGAUCCCACAUUACCAUGAUUCCAGCGAAGAAUGCUCUGGUAUACUUGCAAGUCGGAUACUCCAACAACUUCGUAUACACUGGCUGCAUUGCCUUCAUCAAAUUCUCCAUUUUGGCCCUCUACAAACGUUUGUUUGCAAUUCGAUCCAUGAAUCUGGCAGUGAAUGCCAUGUUUGGAUUCGUGUGCCUUUGGGUCGUCGGUGUCUAUGUUGCCGGGGCUCUGAUUUGCAUCCCUGCAAGUAAAUUCUGGGAUCCAACAGUGGAGGGGGCUUGCCUGGACCCUUAUAAGUUCUACUAUGGGAUCCAAGUUCCCAAUAUCCUGUCCGACCUGAUUUUGCUCAUCAUGCCCAUGCACGUCGUGUGGACUCUGCCGAUUCCCAAGUCCCAAAAAGCGCUGCUUUGUGGCGUGUUCCUCGUCGGUGGCUUAACUUUGGUCUUUUCCGUUUUCCGUCUCCAAGCCAUGAUUCGACUGGCUGAUCUCGGUCCUGACAUUACCUACAAUCAAGUUCCCGUGGUUGUAUGGACCUGUGUCGAAGCUGCAGUUGGAAUCACCGCGGCGUGUCUUCCCAAUCUCCGUCCUCUGUUUAAACUGGGACAUCGGAACUUCUGGUCCAAUGUCAGGCCCUCGAGCAACUCAUCUGGAAAUACUCUGGUCGAGCCGGAGACAAUCCGGAGCAAUUUGUCGUCCCAGAAGAAGCCGCUUGGCUCUUAUACUGACGAAGGAAGCGUGGAGGUUGGUCAAUACAAGGAAUACACCAAGUGUGUGAAGGAGUAG